AUGUCCCCAGACGGGACCAGGGUUGCUCUGUUCAAAGUAAGGGCGCUGCGCCAGGAAUGGAGCAAGAAAAGUCUUGGAGGAGAGACUCUUCGCCGUGGUGACACGUCACAAAUUCAUGCAGAGUGGUACCAGCUGGGCCUCUUUCACAUCCUGAUUAAGUGUUUUCUCAAGAAUUUGGCGAUCCGGCGAUCCGGCGAUCUGGCGUUGCAGGGCGAUAAAUCCAGAGCACGAGACGCGGCAUUUCGCCUUCUAUUCCUCAUACGCAACGAAUUCAGUGAUGAGAAGAGAGAUUUUGACAAGGUAUACAACGCUGUGCUAUUCAUUGUCUCAAAUCUAGGUACCUUCAGACCGAGCACAAGGAUCGCGGUGCGAGAGGUUUUCAAGGAGCGAUUUAUAGUGUCCCCUAAGCAACAAGGAUAA